AUGACAAGUAAAUUCAAUUUUCAAUUAUCAAAAAAAGAUUUAGAAGAAUUUGCACAAUAUUACAAUGAUCUUAUUGAUACACCAGAUAUUAAUUUUUAUGGCAACAGAUGGAACAGUAACUCUUUACCGGAAAACCUCGAAGGCAAUCAAGUUUUGGAAAUAUUAAACAUAUUUGAUACGAUGUACUAUCCUCCAGUCUUUGUUGACGAAAAUCUGCUCACAGUCCAAAUUACAAUGGUAGACGAAAUAUUUAAUUUCUUACCUAACCAUAUUUAUGGCAACGAAAAAAUUGAAAACAUUAAGUUGUUCUAUAAAUUGUUGUACAUUAGCUGGUAUUUCAAAUACCCAACCAUUUUUCGUACACAACUGGAAAAUUCAAAUAUAAGAAUUCCAACGACGAAAAUAUUUUUAACACAUGGCUCUGAAAACUUUACCUACAUUCAUACUCCUUAUUCUAAAGAUGAAGUCAUUGGUUGGUGUGAAAACUUUUCAAUAAAUAGAGAUUGUAUUGAGAAUAAUAUGUUUAUUAUCACUCGCAAUGAAGAGUCUUUUGACAACGAGAGGGCGUUAAAUUCGUUCGUCAGGGACAAAUUGGCACUUUUGGCCAAUAUUGUGAAUUUCAAAAUAAAAGAAGAACCAGAAACUUCUUUAGAGAGCUGCAAAAUCAAACCCGAUAUUCAUAUUGUGGGUGAUUACCAUUGUUCAAUACAAUUGAAAAGAAAAUUGAUAAGUUAUGCCAUGGAAGAGGAGGGACUAAAAAAUGCUGAGCAAAAGCAUCGUUUGACCUUCCAAUGCUGGAGCGAAGCUCUUGCUAUCGGAUUGACUAAGUCGAUCGUGGUGGACUUUGAAAAGAUUUGUCUUUUUCGUUUUUCAUAUUCAGAAGAGGGAUCCGUGCAAGCUGAUUAUCAAAUAUUCGACUAUACGAAAGAUUUUAAUUUGUUUAGUUUAUUGGCGUUACUAUUGAAAGAACAUUUUACAACGGACUCUUGUAAUGUUAGUAAGGAAGAAAAAGAAAAAAUGGUUUCUGUGAUGAAAGUAAAAUAUACAGGAAAGUUGAGACCAAGAAAUCCACCCAAAUAUUAUGGUAAUCAACGGAAAAAACAGACGAAACGAAAAUAG